UAAAAGGAUAAGAAGAUGCCUGCUAUUCUAGUCGCGUCCAAGAUGAAGUCGGGAUUGCCCAAGCCUGUGCAUGCUACCGCGCUACCCAUUCCAGCUAGGGUGGCAGCCCAACAGAAUGGACCACUGAAGCCCACGCAGCCCAGCCUCAUCCCCUUGAAGUCUCCCAUCUACAGACAGCAAAGUCAAGGCACUGCAACUUUACAGAAAAAGUACCAGAAGGCCAAAGACACAUCAGGAGACCCUCAGAUUUAUACAGAUUGGGCCAACCACUACCUAGCCAAAUCCGGACACACACGCCUGAUUAAAGACCUCCAACAGGAUGUUGCCGAUGGCGUUUUGUUGGCAGAAAUCAUUCAGGUUGUAGCAAAUGAGAAGAUUGCAGAUAUCAACGGAUUCCCAGAGAGUCGCUCUCAAAUGAUUGAGAACAUUGAUGCCUGUCUGUGCUUCCUGGCUGCUAAAGGAGUGAAUAUUAAGGGACUUUGUGCCGAAGAGAUCCGCAAUGGCAAUCUGAAAGCCAUUUUAGGCCUUUUCUUCAUUCUGUCGCGCUUCAGGCAGCAGCAGCAGACUUGGAAACAGACCUCCAGCAAUGUUCAGAUGCUCCAGAACAACCAGGCCCACCGAUGCGCCAGUCCUGCCCUGCCUCCUCACACUUCUCCCUGUCAUUCUCCUAUUCAGCAACACUACACCUCCUCCCCAUGUGCACAGAAAACACAGACAGACCUGCAGUCCAGUCAUCCAUCAAAAGGCUCUGAUCAGAAAAAAGCCAUGAGACUCUCAGUUGCUCAGAAAAAGAACUCUAGGCUUCAGAGCCCCUCUGUGAGGGCGGCUGGAACGGGCACAGAGAGUACACCUCGAAACACCAACAGACGCAGCCAAAGCUUCAACCAAUGUGACCGAUUUAAGCCGUCAAUCUCUGCCUACGCUCAUGAAAGAGAGAAAACCACCUCAUCACCAAUAAUGGUUGAUCAUGGACCAAUCAGCUCUUCCAUUCCUUCACCCAGCUGUACGAGCACCACAACUUCCACCUCUAAACCCUGGAGAAGCAAGUCGCUCAGCGCUAAACACACUGCCACAUCCUCCAUGGUAACGGUUAAACAACCAGCUCCAGAUUCUCUUGAGGUUCCUCCUAAGGUGAUUGCCCAGAAGUCCAUGCUGGAAAAGCUCAAGCUCUUCAACAGCAAAACGGGUUCCAGAGCCUCCAAGGUUGUCAGUACAGACGAUGUGGAGCAUGUUGAACCAGAAGGCGGCCAGAUUUGCCCCAUCCACCCAGGAAACCAACGGCCUGUCACCCCCAGCAGUUCUGGCAGCUCAAGUCCCAAGCUAGCUCUGAAAGGCUUUGCACAGUUGACGCUUGGAAAAUCUUUGGCGCCGAAAACAACCUCGGCAAAAGCGUCUGAAAACCUUAAAGAGAAGUCAAAGCCUAAAGAGAAAGAAAAGCUCAAACAGCUUCCUGUUACAGAUCCCAAACACCUUAAAGGAGACACAAAAACUGACGGACUUGUUGUACUAGACUCGAAGAAGGCUGUUCCCAAAGGAAACAAAGCAAAAAAAGACAAUGCAAAGUCAGCCAUGAGUGGAAUUCCCAAACCAAGCCAAGGAGGAAAGGGUUCAGCUGCAAAUAAGACUGUAGCGUCGCCCCCUUGUGGUGCGGAGGGAGAGCGGUUACGGAGCACAAAGAUAGGAGGUCUGUCUGUGCAUAAAGGGCAGAAAGAUAACAGAAACUACAGCUUUACAUCUAGCUUAGCAUUUUCAGAUGGGAAAAGUAGCCAAGAUCUCACCCUUGGUGGUGCGCAGACCCACUCAACAACCAGCAAUAUGGUCAGUGUGCAACUUCCACAGCUCCAGCAACAAUACAGCCAUCCCAACAUGGCCACUGUCGCCCCAUUCAUGUACAGGUCUCAAACUGAAAUUGAUAAGACUGGGCUGGUGACACGAGCAGGCCUGUGCAGCAAAUCUAUCCAUACUUCUCUUGAGAACCUGACAGGUGAGGACUCCGAAAACAAGAGGCUACGUACUGCGAAAAACAUUGCUGAUCUGAGGCAAAACCUUGAGGAAACCAUGUCCAGUUUGAGGGGGACGACACAUGUCAGUCACAGCACUCUUGAGACCACCUUUGACAGCACAGUAACCACAGAGGUCAAUGAGAGGGCCUUGCUUACCCGCCCUGCUUCUGCACUGCCCUGGCGGCUGGGCUCAUCCAGUCCUCGUCUACAAGCUGGUGAUGCCCCCUCUUCAGGAAACACGUUCGUACACCACGGCAGUGGCUCUGAGCGGCACACGCACAGACGUCAGACCUGCACACACAACGGAGUCGUCUGCGGCCUUGAGCUCUCAGAGAAGGUGGAGGAGCUGGAGGGCGUCGCCAUGGAAACGGCAGGGUACAUGAGUGAUGGAGACGUCCUGGGCAAGAGCAUGAGGGUGGAUGGUGUUUCCACUGGCUACAUGACCGACGGAGGUCUCAACCUACACUCCCGGAGGGUUAACUGGGUCUCGGAUGGCAUGAACUCCGUGAGAGGGACCGUUCACCACUUUAAUCCCAAGAGUCAAGAAGACACUGAUAGUUGGGACGACAGCAGCUCAGUCAGCAGCGGGAUCAGUGACACCUUGGACACAGAUGACCUCAACACCAGCUCGUCCCUUAGCUCCUACGUCAACACCCCAUCUGUCCCACACAGAGACGUAGAUGAACAGCUCCAGACGGAUGCAGAGAAGCACUCUGCAGUGAAACACAACCCCAACUGGUCCAACAACGACCUUAAACCUUCAGAAGGCUGCUCUAACGGUGGCAUCAACAUGGAGACCACAACCAAAUGGAACCACAAGCCUUUAGAUUUCUCCGAUGAAUCAGAACGGAGCUUGAUGGGUCGCAAGACUCCUACUAUCUCCCAGACGGGCUCUUGGAGGCGGGGAAUGAGCGCUCAGGUGGCCGUCACUUCCCCACGGACGAAGGCAACAACACCUACAAACUGCAGCUCACUCAAGGCAAAUGUCCGUGUCGUCGAUCAUCCCACAAGUAAGACCGACGAUGCUAAGGUGUCAGAGAAAGGUCGCUCCAACGGCACUCAUUCCUCAAGUGUUGAUGACACCAAGAAACCUCCACUCAAUUCAACCGUACGCACCCCGACCAGUACUUUUGGCUUCAAGAAGGCUCCGGGCGCAAUGGGGACGAUAACCACGAGUGGUGCCGUGGUAACUAGCGGCUCCGCUACAGUGGGCAAGUUACCAAAAUCGGUCGGAUUUUCUGGGGGUCGAAUUGUGUGUCGGCAGACGGCUCUUGAUGAUGGAUACCUUCCUCCAAGUGCUCGGACAACUCUUCAGUAUCGCAGUUUACCGAGACCUAGCCGUACCGGCACCUCUCGCUGUUCUAACCGCACUAACAUCUCGAGUUUUGACGCUAAUUUUUGCAAUAAGGGUACUGCCACACUUCCCAACCCUAAGAGUCGCAACUUAGCCAAGUCCCCAAUGGGAACUACUAACCAGACGGACCGAGAGAAGGGUAUAUUUUCCGAUGUGGAGAGCCAGGUACUUAAGACUAGUGCAACUACCCAGACGGGGAUGCCAACUCAGUGCCAAGCUGGAAGGCAAACAGGAGGAAAGUAUUCAGAAAUGUCCUCGCCAACCCUUCGUAGACUCUUUGGUAGCAAAUCUUCCAAUAAGCAAGCUCCAGUCACCACCAUGGAGAACAUGAAGAACUCCACCAUCAUCUCCAAUCCCCAUACCAAGUCCAUCCAGCAGAAUGGUUGUCUGGAGACACCAUCUGUCACCAGCGGAGGCAGCGGUCCAGUUUACAGUGACAAUCUGACGGUGCCCUCUGGAGGUCAUGGAGAGCAGACGCUUUCCUCUGUGGCCUCCAGCACAGGAUCGGCUUUCUUUCCUUGGGGAGGGAGGGAUGGAUUGGGCUUCCCUUGUCAAAGCUCCAACCACACCAGUAGUGACUCUAUAAAUGUUUCCUUGGGAAAGGAAGGUUUAUGUCUUAAUCGGACCAACAGUGCUAGAACUGGCCUCUCAGACAGCCCUCAGUCCUCUCCCUCUGCUAGCCCUAAAUUUACCCACAACACUCUGCCAUGGAAACAGGACAGGUAUGCCCAUGGGCCUCAGGUCCGAGGUCACGAGGAGCCCGGUGAUUGGCUGUGUUCCCCCUCAGCUGUUGGCCUCUCAGAUUCAACCCCCUACACCCCUGCCUCUACAAUCAGCUCGCCCUCCGGCACACGCUUCAACUUUAGCACACUUGGCAGUCCCACCACUGCUUCACAGAUGGGAACUUUGCGCGGGACCAAUGGUCAGGGAAGUCACGACGGCCCGUAUGACCCCUACAUUGACCCACGUCUGAGGAAUUCCUCAAUGAGCCUGGAGGAAAAGAGCCGCACUAUGAGCAGCUCCGGAUCGUUCCGUGAGUGCCUGGAAGAAGUUCAUGGCUCCUCUUUGUCUCUGGUGUCUAGCACGUCAUCAGUUUACUCUACGCCUGAAGAAAAGGCUCAGACAGAGAUCCGUAAGCUUCGGAGAGAACUGGACUCAUCACAGGAGAAGGUCUCGGCUCUUACAACACAGCUCAGUGCCAACUCUCACCUUGUGGCGGCUUUUGAGCAGAGUUUAGGAAACAUGACCAUCCGGCUGCAGAGUCUGACGGUGACGGCGGAACAGAAGGACUCAGAGCUGAAUGACUUGAGGAAGAACAUUGAGCUCCUUCAGAAGCAGAACUCGGCGACUCAAGCCACAAUCAAUGGAGUCAUUAACACACCAGACCCAACAUUAACAAACCGCAAAGUUUCUCUAGACUCUGUUAGCGGGUCGCCUCAGUCCGGGCGGGAGUUGCGGAUCCACAGGCAGCCUUCCUCGGACAGCGUCUCCAGCAUGACGAGCGCCACCAGCCACUCCAGCAUCGGCAGCAACCUGGAGUUCGACGCUAAGAACAAGAAGAAGAAGAAGAACUGGCUGCGGAGCUCCUUUAAACAAGCAUUCGGGAAGAAAAAGUCUCCCAAAUCGGCAUCCUCUCACUCAGACAUUGAAGAGAUGACGGACUCUUCUCUGCCAUCUUCACCCAAACUUCCAUAUAGCGGAUCGACAGCCUCUUCUCCCAUGAUACGCAAAUCCCACUCCAACUCUCUUCCUCAACUGUCCUCCCUGCCUGCACACGGGCCUGUCUGGGGCUGUAGCAGAGAGACCAUGAGGUCUGCCUCACUGGCACGGAUCUCUGAGUGUACGGACAGCGAGGCUGAAACAGUCAUGCAGUUGCGCAGCGAUCUGCGCGAUAAAGAAAUGAAACUUACAGACAUCAGAUUGGAGGCUUUAAGCUCUGCCCACCAACUGGACCAGCUUCGCGAAUCCAUGAACCGCAUGCAAAUUGAGAUCGAAAGGCUAAAAGUGGAAAAUGACCGAUUGAAGAUUGAGAGCCGAGGAAGCGGUAACAGAGCGCCUUCUCAGAUGUCCAUCUCCCCUUCGUCUGUUGGCCUUUCCUCUCAACUUAGCCUCACAGAAUCCACAAGCUUAGAUAUGUUGCUAGAAGAUAGUGGAGAUGGAAGUUCCUGGAAAGAGGGACAGCAUGUGAAGGUUGUGGUCAGUCUGGAGAAGGAUCCAGACUGGAAAGAGGAGUGUAGACCUUCUCAGUUCCUGCUGGGCUGCAUUGGUGUCAGUGGAAAAACCAAAUGGGACGUACUAGACGGGGUAGUCAGGCGCCUUUUUAAGGAAUAUAUCAUCUGUGUAGAUCCUGUCACACACUUGGGUUUGAACACUGACAGUGUGAUGGAGUACAGCAUUGGAGACAUCCAUCGCGCCAGUGAUGCAGAUACACCAGAACUCCUGCCCUGCGGUUAUCUUGUGGGAGAAAGCGAUACCAUCUCUGUCAAGCUGAAAGACUUGUCUGACGGCAGUCUGGACAGUUUGGCUUUCGAGACGCUCAUUCCAAAGCCGGUUCUGCAGCGAUACAUCUCUCAGCUUGAGAAACACAGACGAAUCAUCUUUUCAGGGCCCUCUGGCACAGGGAAGAGCUUUCUGGCCAGCAGACUAGCCGAGUAUAUGGUCCGAAAAGAGGGAAAACAUCUGGAGCAUCAAGCAAUCGCCACCUUCAAUGUUGAUAACAAAACUACUAAGGAGCUGAAGCAGUACUUGUCCAACCUGGCGGACCAGUGUAAAAACAGUGAACCGGCUGUGGACAUGCCUGUGGUGCUCAUACUGGAUAACCUUCACCAUGUCAGUUCGCUGGCCGAGAUUUUCAACGGGCUGCUCAACUGCAAAAGCCACCAGUGUCCAUGCAUCAUUGGAACCAUGAAUCAAACCCCAUCACCCACUCCAAAUCUACAUCUUCAUCAUAAUUUCAGAUGGAUUUUAUGUGCCAAUCAUACUGAACCAGUGAAAGGUUUUCUGGGUCGAUUCCUACGGCGGAGGCUUCUAGAAACCGAGAUCAGCAGUCGUGUGAGGAACGGCGAACUAGUUAAAAUUAUAGAGUGGAUCCCGUGUGUUUGGCAUAAUCUCAACCGCUUUUUGGAAACACAUAGUUCUUCUGAUGUCACAAUUGGUCCUCGGCUCUUUCUGUCCUGCCCAAUGGAUGUAGAAGGCUCAAGAGUGUGGUUCACCGAUCUGUGGAACUACUCCAUCAUUCCUUACAUGCUGGAGGCUGUGAAAGAAGGGCUACAGAUGUAUGGGCGCAAGGCAGCAUGGGAAGACCCUGCGAAGUGGGUGAUGGAGAGCUUCCCUUGGGUGGCAAGUCCACAACAACACGAAUGGCAUUCCCUGCUGCGACUUCGGCCAGAGGACGUAGGGUUUGACGGGUACAAUAUAUCUCAGGAGGGCAGUCCAGGCAAACAACCUGCUCAGGGAAAAUCAGAAGAAGACCCACUGAUGAAUAUGCUAAUGAGGCUGAAGGAGACGGCCCACUGCACUGGAACGGAGAGCUAUGAUAGUGAUUCCACCAGCAACAGCCUUGGUGACUCUUCACUAGAAUCUACACUGUGAAAACACUUUCAAAUGUUAAAUUACGAAAUGGAGACUUUUUAAUAUCAGAUCCGGCUUUUUUUGGGAAUCUACAGGGUGCUGGAAACCUACAGGAUAGGGUGCUGGAAACCCGGAAAAAAUCAUCAUUGCUCAGUAAGACACUAAUCGAGGGAAAACAUGCUCAAGAGCUUCAGAGAGCGUUAUUUCCUCAAAUGGACUGUAGAUGGCGGUAUAAGUCUGUUCAAUAAGGAGGUUCAAAUUGAACACUGGUACCAAGUCACGUUUAUUUUCUUUCAUAUUAUACUUUCUAAAAGGAUAUCAUGUUGCCUGACUUUAAUGCACUAGUGAACUUUGGUGCUGAACUUGAGAACAAUGCCUUACAAUGUUUGUGUAAUAGGUUGAGAUGGGCUUGCUUAUGUCUUAGAUUUCUACCUUUCUAUAAAUACAAAUAAUGCAAGGACAUUAUAGCCUUCAAAUGAUGCACUAUCUGUGGGACCUACAGAGAUAUAUAUUGUAACGUGAGCUAUAUUGUGGUCGCUUUUUGGCAAAAAAAAAGAAGAAAGAAAGUGUUUUGGUAACUUGUUCUUAUCAUUAAGAGGUGUUUGUAAAAGUGAUGAUACAAUAUCAAAGCGAAAUUGUUUGUUCUAUCAUUUUGUGCCAGGAGAAUAUUUUUUGCCUCUUAAUGUAGUGCAAUAAUCUCUAUGCAAUAUUGUUACAUUCAAAGAAUAUUUAACCUCAUCAUGACCGAAUUUCUGGUAAAACUUUAGUCAAAUGAAUGUGGUUCAUUCAACAAUCUGAAUACUCAAAAACCAGACAUCCAUCAAGAGACAGUGGCAUUAUACAAUGCAACCUGUUGAUAUUAGGAAGCCAAAACGGACCUCUUUUAUAAUUCUCAUUCCCAAAUAAUUUGGA